AUGUCUGAAUCAAUUUCUAUUACAAUCAAAUCAUCUGGUGAUAAAAAAUAUGAACUUACUUUUGAUCCACUGAUUACAGUUGGUGAAUUAAAAAAUUUAAUUGCUGAACAAUCACAAAUACCUGCCACCAGUCAAAGAUUAAUUUAUUCUGGUAAAGUUUUAAAAGAUAACGAAACUAUUGCUUCUUACAAGGUCCAAAAUGGUCAUACUAUACAUUUGGUUAAAAGUGCUGGUGCUUCAAGUUCAAAUGCCAAUGCAUCUACUACUGGUUCUACUACUUCACCUUCUGCUGCAAAUGCAAACCCUUCUUCAAACACCAAUACAAACUCAGCAUCUUCAGUUCCUUCAAAUAUAGCAGCCGGUCAAGGUUCUUUUAACCCAUUGGCCGAUUUAACAGGGGCUCGUUAUGCAGGAUAUAGUCAAUUACCGUCAGCUUCCAUGUUUGGACCAGAUGGUGGUAUGAAUAGUAACUUACCUGAUCCAGAACAAUUAAACUCAAUGAUGUCAAACCCAAUGUUCCAACAACAAAUGCAAGCUAUGUUAUCUGAUCCACAAAUGUUGGAUUUCAUGAUUCAACAGAAUCCUCAAUUAAGAGCUAUGGGUCCACAAGCAAGAGAAAUGUUACAAAGUCCUUUUUUUAGGCAAAUGAUUUCAAACCCUCAAAUGAUGAGAAGUAUGAUGGACAUGACUCGUGGUAAUGUUUCUGGUAAUGCUACCAACGCUUUUCCAGCUCCAGGUGCAAAUCCGGCUGCUACCAGUGGUGAUUCUACUGCUGAUGCUGCUAACACUACUGGUGAUAAUACAAAUGCUACUAACCCUCCACCAGCUGGUAAUCCAUUUGCAGGAUUAUUCCCUAAUGGUAUUCCUCCAAUUGAUCCACUGGCAUUAUUUGGUGGUGCUGGAGCUGCAGCACCAGCUCCUGUUGACAACAGACCACCAGAAGAAAGAUAUGAAAAUCAAUUAAGACAAUUGAAUGAUAUGGGAUUUUAUGAUUUUGAUAGAAAUGUAGAAGCUUUAAGAAGAACUGGUGGUAGUGUUCAAGGUGCUAUUGAAUAUUUAUUAGGAGGAAAUUAA